AUGCUGGCCAUUUGGGUGGCUUUAACAGUUUGUUUGUUGGCUAACCCAUGUUUGGGCUGGAGCUCAGGGAGCAACUGCAGCAAGCGCUUGGAUGCGAAUACGGCUAGAUGCUGUGAAAUGCCAGAUGUCGAUAUUAGUCCAUAUCUCGAGAGAUGUGGCCACUUUCUGAGCAGUAAUCAAUUGAGUUUGAUACCCUGCCUAGUGGACUGCAUCUUUAAUGCCAGCCAAGUGUUGACUGCAAAGCAGCUGAAUCCGGAUAAUGCACGCAACAUGACUGAAAUACUAUUGAGGGCUCAUCCCGACUUUGUGGACGUCUCAGUGGCAGCGCUGCUCAACUGCUCGGCCAAUAGAAAGCAGUGGGAGAAGUUUCAGAAACGACGUUUCUUUGGCAAUUACAAAUGCACCCUAUUGCCGCUCUAUCUGAGAAUGUGCGCCGUGGAUUAUAUAUACGUCAAUUGCCCAUCGAGCAGCUGGAAGAGCAGCAAGGCGUGCGAGGAGGCGCGUGAGCACAAGUUGAACUGCAAGUGCGAUUUCACUGGAAAUCUGUGUAGACCAAGAUACUAAGAAUCGGAUAAUAUGGAAUAUCUCACUUGAUAUCAGUUGG